AGUAAUGAAGUGCUGUGAAGGGUUACGCUUAAGGACUGAGGAAAAGUUAAUCUUAUUUAUAUGGAAUGUGGACAUGUUUUGACAGGGCGGGUCGAUCUUAAAUCUUUCUUUCUGAGUGCACCUCAGAUAGGCAGAACCCACACCAAAGCCCACUGAUCCCGUUAAUCUUGAUACGAGCGUUGAUGUUCCUGGUAUGAAUGUCCUAAUACUGUUACCUCUAAAUGAGAUAAUGAGUGCGAAAUGUGUUGCCAGAAAUCAAAAACGAAAGGGACGUUGUGACUCGCACAAGUAGGCCUAGCAAGGCCAAAAUGGUUGGUAUGCUUUAGUAAUGGCAGGGCUGGAAAUCCACGACGCAGCUGCCACAGGAGAUUAUGAUACUCUAGAGGAAUGCGUUAAAAGCGGGAAAUUUGAUGUCAACCUGAAAGAUGUGGAAUGGAACAACAGAACGGCACUUCACUGGGCAUGUGCUAAAGGUUAUGUAGAGUGCAUCCGUCUGCUCCUCGACAAUGGAGCCAAGGGUACCGCAAGAACGGACACCGGUUGGACGCCAGCUCACUGCGCCGCGGAAACGGGAAAGCUCACAUCAUUGAGAGCCCUGAAUAACGCCGGGGUACCGGUCGAUUUGAAGGACCGCUAUGGAGACAGACCCAGGGCAAUCACGGAGGUCUACGGCCAUAAGGAGUGUGCAAAAUUUUUAUUCCUGGCUGAAAUCGAAUGGGCGGAUAAACGAUUGCGAUUGGAUAAUAUAGAAGGAUCUGACUACGAAUCGGAGGCGGAUACGGAAGGUUCUUGACGGUUUUGUCUUCGACGCUUGUUCCAAGAUAUCUACAAUGCCAAUCCUGGUUUACAUUCACAAUUUUUUGGACUGGCGUACAGCAAUCUAACUCUUCUCAGUGAAGAAAGGACCUUGUGAGAAGUACAGUGUACAAAUGCGGUAUUAUCAUGAAGUGAAUAAUGCUUCAUGCAAUUAUUUACUCAUUGGGCCUAAUAUUGUACAUUCUUGAUACUCACCGUCCGAAAAUUUCAGAAAAAGUUAGAGAUGUAAUUACCUGUUUAUUUCUAAAUGCAUAGUUUUACAUAUAAUGGCAUCAAAAAUAGGCCCAUUACAUUAUUAAUUUCCUCUCGGAGAUGUUUCCAUCAUGCUUUCUUUUAUUAGCUCAUGUUCCAUAUUUUCAAUACGCACAUUUUCUGCUGAGAAAAUAUGUUUAGUGGUGAUGUAGUGUAUACAUGUAUUUUAAGCAGAGGCUAUAUCCGUGACUUUACCCAACAGAAUACACACAUUCUACAGUAUUAUACUUUGAAACCUA